CAGGUCAGCAACAAAUGAGAGAUUGGCGAGAUAGAAACAGCCAUCAAAGCAAGCAGGGAGCCAUGCAGCAAGCACAGUCUGACCUCCAGGCGGCAGCCCAGAGCUUAGAAACAGCGGCCGUUGUAUCUGACAGCAUCGCCGGCAUAAAUGCACGAGUUACCGCCAACACUCAAGGGUGCAGCGCCCUUUCUUCAUCAGUCCAGCAAGUCGACAGCCAGGCUAUUGAGACGCAACAAGCGGCUCUCCUGCAGCAGCUAACCGCGAUUCCGGAAGAAGAGGUGCAGCAGGGUUUGACAGCAGCACAAGGACAGGGCCUCCAACAGAUGACCCUCAAACUCAACAACAUGAGGUCGUCAGUGGAGAGCUUGAGGGCAGCGGCUAUGGCGAUUGCAUCGUCGUCGAAUAGCACGGUUGAGUCGCUUCAGGAUGACUUUGACACCUUGUCGACCGACCUUUCCGACCACCAGAACGCGAUCGCUGCGCUGCAGAGCGAUGAGAAUGACGGCCUGGCGGACACGGUGAGAGCCUUGCAGCAGACCGUCAGUGGGCUGACGGGUAGUCUCAACAGCCAUACCUCCUCCCUCUCUUCCAUCGAACGAAUCAUCCAACAGUCGACGUCAGCCUUUGAUUACUCGGAAAAGGGCAGUUAUGUUCUUCCGUUACGGAGGAACUUUUGGGGGACAACUCAACCAUAUGGCAGUCCACAGACCAGGAACGUCAACUUCAACCGACGGUUCCGUACCAACCCUGUUGUGUUCGCCGGCAUUACCAAAAUUGACCUGGGUUCUAACAGAAAUAACAGGCUGAAGCUGAUAGUGGAUAGGAUUACUCCAACCGGCUUCCGACUGACAUUCGGGUCUUGGGGGGACACUAUCAAUUACCAAUGCACAGCGCACUGGAUUGCUCUCGGCAAGAAGAACUAAUCGGGCGAACCCGUUCUGUAUCAAAAGCCCCAUGUCAUACAUAGCCGAACAAAACCAUGGAUAUAGG